AUGUCCACUCCUUUCGCCUUUGUAUCUCUAGUAACUUCCGACCAUUACCUGCCCGGCGCCCUUGCAGUCGCCGCAGCACUCCGGGACCUGCACCCGACCCCCGCCCAGGCUCCGGAGGUCGACUUCCAGACCGUGUGCCUCGUCACCCCCGAGAGUGUGGACGUAUCCACCGUCAAGCUGCUCCGCCGCGCGUUCAAUGUAGUUAUUGGCGUCGAGCUCAUAGAGCAGGAGGACGAGAAGGGUCUACAACUACUCGGCCGCCCGGAUCUCAGCCAUGUGCUCACAAAAUUACACGUAUUUCGCCUCACGCAAUACCAGAAGAUAAUAUUCCUCGACGCAGACGUCCUUCCGAUACGGCCGUUAUCGCACUUGUUCAAUAUCCCCCAUGAUUUCGCAGCUGUUCCGGAUGUUGGCUGGCCAGAUAUCUUCAACUCCGGUGUACUCGCCCUUACCCCCGGACAAGAUAAAUUUGACGAACUCAUCCAGCUGCUCAAGACCAAGGGCAGCUGGGAUGGAGGUGAUCAAGGACUCCUCAAUGAAUGGCGGGGCGGGGACUGGCACCGCCUGAGCUUCACCUACAACACGACACCGACUGCCGCGUACACGUAUGCUCCCGCUUAUGAACGAUUUGGUUCGCAAAUAUCCGCGAUCCACUUCAUCGGUCCUAACAAACCAUGGGCAAGCUUACAGUACCGGGCUCCCGGUGUCAAGUCCUCCCAGCCGCACGACCCGAACAUUCCGGCUGAGGAGAAGCGCCAGCAAGUGUACGACUUCGACUCACUCGUUGACCGCUGGUUCGAUGUGUACGAUAGGUAUUACCGUUCGGACGCGCCCACAGCGCGCGCCGAAUUUGAGGUCCGGAGGUACGCGUCCGUCUGGGACGACGGCGGGCGCGACGAAAUAGGCGCGGAGCUUCCUCCAAUCGCUUUCAGCGAAGCAGCUACUCCUCCCGGCGGUGCGUUGGGUUUGGAGGAUCUACGGAGGAUCGCCGUAGAGGGCAUGAGCAACCUUGGUGCCACUGUAGCGGACACGGAACACGCCGUCCAAGAGGGCGAAUACCGCUCCAUGCCACUGGGAGGCCGUGUUGACUUGAUGCGACCCAAGCCUGAACUGAAGCCCCAGGUCGAGCAUGCAUGGACCGAGGGAGCCCGUCAGCGCCGCGGUGAUCGGGACCUGACGCCGACUCAAGAAGAGUACAAGCAAUUGUACUCUAGUGGAGGAGGCGGUGAGGGCCCGAGGAUGCACACCCUGCCGACUCCUGGUCCCAAUGAGGUCCCGCCCGCUCCGUACCACCACGGCGGAUCUUUGCCGCCCGCCCCGUCGUUUCCUGCCCAACACGGACAGUGGUCUGACCCACAAGGUCCUCAUCAGUCUUACCAGGGUCCAAGUCGGCAGCAGCACUCGCAGCAACACUGGCAGUCGACGCCUGAGCAUGAAGGAAGGCAUCACCACUACCAGCACCAGCAGUCCUUCCGCCACCCACCUCCUCCCCCUCAGAACAGUAGUCCCGAGCAUGAACCCAUCCCGAUGCCACCUGUCCACCAUCGUCCUUCUCCUGGCCAUUCACCCCAGAACCAUUCACCUCCGUAUCACCAGCACCAACAUCGCCACCAUCAUCCACACCAACAUCACCAGCCGCAGGGCCAUCUUUCUCCGCCUCGUCCUCCAUCACCUCCGAAGUUGUCCUGGAACGCGGCCGUCGAUCCUCCUCCGAACAACCCUCCCGCAGUCAAUGCAUUCCCCACAGACACGUACUUUCCUAACGUAUGGGAUCAAUCGCCGUCUCGGCAGCACGACGCUGCCCACCAAGCCUUCUCACCGUCCGUCCCCUAUGUUCCUGCACCGCACUCGGAUGCGUUCUUCCGCCCUCCGCCACCUGCCCAUAUCCCGGAGCAACUGGUGCGCCAGGGUCAGUACUCAAACGUCUUUGGACAUGCGCCGCCCGUAGGGCCUGGGUCUCCUCCUGCUCAGCCCGUCCCCGACCCUGCGAAAGUGCAGGCGGUCUUCCCCUGGGAGCAGAAACCGCAGCAUGUUCCGAAACGUGUCUUCCCUGCUGCGGAUGCGCCUCCGCCUACCGCGAAGUACAUUGAGGAAGAGGGGAUGACGCCAUCUACACAGCCUCAGGAGGGAGCGCAGGCGCCAUCGCCACCGACGAUUGGGCUGCCGGGACACUUCGCAUAUGCGAAUGCGUGGGACACGGUGCCAAGCAUACAGAAGUACGCGUCCAAGCUUGUGAGGCCGCACCAUCAGCCUCCCUUCCAGCAUGUGCCGUACCAGAACACCAGCUCGCCACGCCGUCGGUCUGCGCAGUGGGUGGAUGACCAAGGCCACAGACGCUGGGAGAAGGAACGGGAGCGUGUCGUGCAGGCGCGCCACGACGCGAGCAGCAUGGAUGGUGAUGACGAGGAUGACGGUGACGAUGACGAUGAAUGGGACGGCCAGGGCACGAAAGACGGCACUCACGGGGGCGGCAGCCAUUCUGGAGGCCGCUCGAGGUCUGGCAGCACUGCAUCUGUUACAGCUACGAAGGGGAAGAAGUAUCGCGGACGUGGGGUGCAGACGACUUCUGUGGAGACUCGCCACCAGGCUGUCCAGGUCAAGAUCCGCUCACCAUCCACGGACGUCGAUGGCCCGAGGCUCAGGGAUCCCAAGCAGCCACCCCCGACGUCGAAGCUUGCCCCGGAGAAGACGAAGCGCGACAUGGCGUCCAGUCCGAUCUUGGCAAAGAGCCGCUUGCUGCCUCCGCCUACCUUGUUACCACCUGCGCCGGUGCCUGACUUUGCGACGGACCCCGACCAGAUGGGGCAGGCGACUCCGGGGCUCACGCAGUCCCUCAGACAGACGGCGCCGUUCCCGUCUACUGCGUCGCCAACUGGGCUGCGGUCCCCGCAGAUCCUGGGGUCUCCUCGUACAUACUCGCCGCCCAAGGUCACGAGUCCACCAAAGGCACCGUCCCCAUCAAAGAUGAGUCCGCCGAAGGUACCCUCGCCCCAGCGUGUCACCAGCCCUCCAAGGGGCGCGUCGCCCCGUAGGCUAUCGUCUACGCAACAGCAGCAGCUCAUAGCGACUCGCAAAUUAUCGUUUGGCAGUUCGCCGCCGAGCAAGCCUGUCUCGCCAAAGGUUGCGCCUAUUCUGACGUCGACCCCGCCGCCAAGCACGCCGUCUCCUAAGCUCCUCCGAUUGUCUCCGCCGUUCGGGCCUCCGAUGUCCCGCUCAGUAUCGAACGAGACGAAUCUGACGUCGUCGCCUUCCACGCAAGGUGUGCCCUUGACACCUGACAGUGCGACUGCGGCGCCGCCUUCGCGCAAGGGCGGUCGAGUUUGGGACCCCGCGCGUGGCGUGGACGUGUUCAAGCGCAGCUCGGAGGAAGUCCUUGCGCGCUUCCUGCGCAUGGGCUCCUUCGAAGACGACGAACGCCGUCAGAGCCAAGUUCAACAGCAAGAGUAG